AAUUUUCCUAUUUCCCUUUUCUCUCACAAAACUUGAACAAACAGUAUACCAUUUCUCAAAGAUAUUCUUUUUCUCUAUCUGGUUGUUUCCAAGAUCUGAUUUUUACUCAAUUUAUCUCACUAAAAAUUGAAUCUUUUCAUAGUUAUUUUCAGUUUUCAACCUUAGCAUUGUUGUACAUGCAUUAGAGAUCAUCAACAACUGUUGUUUGUUGAGUUUUUUAUAUAAGUACUUUCAUUUCAAGCUAUACCCCAAAUUUGUUGUCAUAUAGUGCUGCUUAUAAACUCUAUUUUACUCAUAUUUGGAUCUUGAAAUCUGAAUAAAGUUUUCAUCUUUGCCCUUGUUGCCUGUUCCUAAGAUUUGGGGUUGUUUCUUGGGGUUUUUACUGCAAGAUUUUUGGUGGUUCUUGUUUGAAUCUGAUAAUUUUUUAGGAUACUUUUGGUAUUUUUUGAUACAUAGGGUUGAAGUCAACUUUCUUGAGCUAAUUUUGUGAUAAGAGUCUUUCCCUCUGCUUAUUGAUAGUUGUGGUUUGUGUUUUUGAUGCUUGCCACUUGAAGUAUGCAGCCUGAUCAGCGAAAAAAAGGGUCUGGAGAUGUAGAUUUCUUUACUGAAUAUGGUGAAGGGAGCCGAUACAAGAUAGAGGAAGUGAUUGGCAAAGGUAGCUAUGGUGUAGUCUGCUCUGCAUUUGAUACCCAUCUAGGGGAAAAAGUUGCAAUCAAGAAGAUAAAUGACAUCUUUGAACAUGUCUCUGAUGCCACCCGUAUCCUUCGUGAGAUCAAGCUUCUUAGGCUUCUUCGUCAUCCAGAUAUAGUGGAAAUCAAGCAUAUUUUGUUACCUCCUUCUCGGAGGGAAUUCAAGGAUAUUUAUGUUGUCUUUGAACUCAUGGAAUCUGAUUUGCAUCAAGUCAUUAAAGCAAAUGAUGAUCUGACGCCGGAACAUUAUCAAUUUUUCCUUUAUCAGCUUCUUCGAGGGCUAAAAUAUAUACACACAGCCAAUGUCUUUCACCGUGACCUGAAACCCAAAAAUAUAUUAGCAAAUGCCGACUGCAAGCUUAAGAUCUGUGACUUUGGUCUUGCAAGAGUGGCCUUCAAUGAUACUCCAACAGCUAUAUUUUGGACUGAUUAUGUUGCCACGAGGUGGUAUAGGGCUCCCGAAUUGUGUGGAUCUUUUUUCUCUAAGUAUACACCAGCAAUUGAUAUAUGGAGCAUUGGAUGCAUAUUUGCAGAACUAUUAACUGGGAAGCCUCUCUUUCCGGGUAAAAAUGUGGUGCACCAAUUAGACUUGAUGACCGAUCUGUUGGGCACACCAUCUCCAGAAUCCAUUGCCAGGAUAAGAAAUGAAAAGGCUCGGAGGUAUUUGAGCAGUAUGCGUAAGAAAAAGCCUGUACCUUUCACCCAUAAAUUUCCACAUGCAGACCCCCUUGCACUUCGUUUGCUAGAAAGGAUGCUUGCUUUUGAUCCUAAGGAUCGUCCUACUGCAGAAGAGGCACUUGCAGAUCCAUAUUUCAGAAAUCUGGCCAAAGUGGAAAGAGAACCUUCUGCCCAACCAGUUACAAAAAUGGAGUUUGAAUUUGAAAGGCGAAGGAUAACAAAGGAGGAUGUGAGGGAGCUAAUAUACAGAGAAAUUCUUGAAUACCACCCACAGAUGUUACAGGAGUUCUUAGAGGGGCAAGAACCGACAGGUUUCAUGUAUCCGAGUGCUGUUGACAAAUUCAAGAAACAAUUUGCAUAUCUUGAAGAGCAUUAUGGCAAAGGAGGAGCUGCUGCUCCGCCUGAGAGGCAGCACUCAUCAUCCCUACCGAGAUGCAGGCCUUGUGUAUUAUAUUCAGAUAAUUCAGUGCAAAAUCCAGUUGAAGUUGCAAAUGAUCUUUCUAAGUGCUCUAUCAAAGAAGAUGAGAAACCACAUGCAGACCGGAGUUCAAUGAUCCCCAUGACAAGGCUGCCUCUCCAAGUUCCUCAGAAUGUUCAAGGUGGUGCUGCAAGACCUGGGAGGGUGGUUAGUUCAGUGUUGCGCUACAACAACUGUGGAGCAGCAGCGACAGCAGCAGAAGUCAUUGAACAGCGAAGAAUUACACGGAACCCCGGCGGUUCAGCUCAGUAUCCUAUUUCCAAUACUUCAUACCCUAGAAGACAUCCCAGCUGUAAAAAUGAAAGGGGUGAAGAGAGUACUGAAGUUUCCAACGGGGUGCAGCCAAAACCUGAACAGUACAUGGCAAGAAAAGUUGCUGCAGCGCCAGGUGGACCUGGUAGUCAAUGGUAUUAAAUUUGGGAUCUCCGAUCAACCAUGUAACACUCAGCUUUCCAGUUUAGACAUUCCAUAAGGAUGGUUCUCAUAAAACGUACCAUAUUAAAAGCUAAUUUGACUGUCAGCCAUAAUUUCUCAGACUUAGGCGAAGUUCAAGAUCGCUUGGUAAUUGACGCAGGCACGUGAACUUGAAGAAUCCCAGUGCGAUUUUGGUUGGUUCAGACAUCUAUGUACAACUCGUUACUUAUAUUCCUCCUCCGGAGUUUAAAAGGUUUGGUAUGGAUUCUCCUCCAUGGCAACUCUUGUUCUGCGAUCGUGAUAGAAAUGGAAGCACUGAUAAAGAUGGUUGUUGGUAGCUGAUGACAUGAAUCUCUGUUCUUUUCCCCUCUCCCUUCAUUCUUUGCGGACAAACUGUUGACAUGCUUUAUACUUAUGUUAUGACUAAGACAUUGAUGAUCUUAACGUGUAACCUGUAAACAUUCUUUAUUUAAAUAAGGACCUCCGUGUUUCUGAUCUU